AUGAAGUCCGACUUCAAGGCAUUCGGCAACAGAUUGACCGUCUUUGACCUUGUCAACAACAAGGCUGUUACAUUCCCUUACGAGAACAGGAAAAACAUCGACAGGAUCGCCCUCAGCCCUAAUGCCACUCUCUUGAUCUCUGUCGACGAAGAUGGUCGUGCAUUGCUGGUCAACUACAAUCGCCAGAUUGUUCUCCACCACUUCAACUUCAAGAGCAAGGUCCACGAUCUUCAGUUCAGCCCGGACGGAAAGUACUUUGCUGUGACACAUGGAAAGCAGGUUCAGCUUUGGAAGACCCCAGGAUUUCACCGCGAGUUCACCCCUAUUGUGCUUCACCGCGUUUACACUGGACACUACGACGAGGUCACCUGCAUCACCUGGUCGCCCGACUCAAAGUACUUCCUGACCACCUCCAAGGACAUGAGCGCCCGCGUCUACUCCACCAACCCCAUCGAAGGAUUUGUCCCCUUCACGCUCUCAGGACACAGAGAUACAGUCAUUGGCGCUUGGUUCUCAAAAGAGCAGGAUACCAUCUAUACAGUCAGCAAGGAUGGAGCUCUCUUCGAGUGGCGCCACCAGUUAAUCAACCCUAAGGCACAGGACUCUGACUCUGAGGACGAGUCGGCCAUGGAGGUCGACGAUGGUCCCAAGAGGUGGUCUGCUGUUCAGAGACACUUUUUCUUCCAGGAUCACGCCAAGGUCGUCUGCGCAGCCUACCACGCUCCCUCUGCCAUGAUGGUCGUUGGAUUCUCGAACGGAGUCUUUGGAAUCUGGGAGCUUCCUUCCUUCAACAACAUCCACACCCUGAGCAUUUCCCAGAAGAAGAUUGAUUCAGUUACCAUCAACAAAUCAGGAGAAUGGCUCGCCUUUGGUGCCUCCAAGCUUGGCCAGCUUUUGGUCUGGGAGUGGCAGUCCGAGUCGUACGUGCUGAAACAGCAGGGACACUUUUACGAUAUGAACUGCCUUUCAUACUCUUCUGACGGACAGAGUGUAGUGACUGGAGGCGAUGAUGGCAAAGUCAAGGUCUGGAACACGGUCUCUGGAUUCUGCUUCGUCACCUUCUCAGAACACACUUCCCGUGUCACCGCUACAGAGUUUGCAAAGAACGGACAGGUCGUCUUUUCGGCAUCGUUGGAUGGCACAGUCAGAGCAUUCGAUUUGGUGCGCUACAGAAACUUCAGGACAUUCACUUCCCCCACCCCCGUUCAGUUCUCGACCUUGGCUGUUGACCCCAGUGGAGAAGUCGUUUGCGCAGGAGCCCAGAAUACAUUCGAGAUCUACGUUUGGUCUGUCCAGACCGGCAAGUUGCUCGAUAUUCUUGCAGGACACACAGCACCCAUCUCUGGACUCGCUUUCUCACCGACUGCUCAGUUCUUGGCCUCAUCUUCGUGGGAUCACUCUAUUCGCACAUGGGAUGUCUUUGGUCGUGGAAAGUCGGUCGAGAGUUUCACACAUUUGUCUGAGGUCUUGGCUCUCGCUUUCCGCCCUGAUGGCAAGGAGAUCUGUGGCUCGACAUUGGACGGUCAACUGAGCUUCUGGGAUGUGGAUAAUGCUCUCCAGACGAACGUCAUUGACGGACGUCGCGAUAUCUCAGGAGGUCGCAAGGCAGAGGACAAGAUCACGGCAGAGAACUCGACAUCCGGCAAGCACUUCAACUCGCUCUGCUACACUGCUGACGGAUCCUGCGUCAUUGGAGGAGGCAACAGCAAGUACGUCUGCAUCUACGACAUCAAGGCCAACAUCCUGGUCAAGAAGUGGCAGAUCUCCAAGAACUUGUCGUUUGACGGUACUCUCGAAUUCUUGAACUCGAAGAACAUGACGGAGGCUGGAGCUAUGGAUCUGAUCGACGACGAUGAUGACAUGAGCGACCUCGAGGACCGUCAGGAUAACGCCCUGCCCGGUACAAAGGAUCUCUCCAAGAGGAAUGUCCGCCCAGAGAUCCGCACCAAGGCUGUCCGGUUCUCACCUACUGGUCGCUCCUGGGCUGCUGCUUCAACUGAGGGUCUUCUUAUCUAUUCGCUGGACGAUACCCUCCUGUUCGACCCCUUCGAUCUUGAGAUUGACAUUACCCCCGAAACGAUCUUGGAGACCUUGGACGAGAAGGACUACUUGAAGGCACUUGUGAUGGCAUUCCGCCUGAACGAGCGCCAGUAUAUCCAGCGCUGUUAUGAGGCCGUUCCUCCCUCGGACGUGCGGUUGGUCGCAAGGCAGUUGCCCUCAAAGUACUUGGAGCGUUUGAUGAAGUUCAUUGCAAGCUACAUGGAGGAUUCGCCUCAUCUGGAGUUUCACUUGAUCUGGUGCACCAGUCUGUUGAUCAGCCACGGCAAGUACCUCAAGGACCAUUCGGGCGAGUUCCUGACCGUCUUUAGGGGCUUGCAAAAAGGAGUGGGAAAACUGCACGAGGACCUUGCUAAAGUGUAA